UUCAAUGGCGCUCUAAAUAAGAUUUUAAUAUUCAAAGCGCAAAAGCCGCUGCUUUCUUCACAAUAUUUUCAUAAAUUUGCUUCCUUGUUAAGUAUAAUUAGUGCUGUAUAAUCUUGGUGACAAUGACGCACUAUUUUGGCUUAUAUUUUGGUAACACCAACAUGUGCCUCGCCGUGCAUAAGGAUUCUAAAGUAGAUGUUCUUGCGAAUGCAGGUGGUUAUCGAGUCACACCUUCUGUGAUAGCUUUUAUUAAUGAAAAAGAAAAGGUUGUAGGAUUGGAUGCAAAAAAUGCGAUGCAUAAAAAUGCGUCCAAUACUAUUUUGAAUAUAAAAAAGACACUAGCAAACCUGACAGAUGAUGAAAUAUCUGAAUGUGUGCCUAAUCCUACGUGUAAAAUGAAUGGAAAAAAAGAUUUGAAAGAAGAACCUGAAAAAAUGCUGCUUUCACAACAGGGUCUUUCUGAAGUGCUAAUAGUGUUAUUUUCUGCAAUGAAAGAAAUAGCCCGUAGUCAUAGCCAUGAAGAUGUUUAUCCAACUGUGGUGACUGUUCCUUUAAACUUUACUUUCAAACAAAAACAGAUUAUCAGAAAAGCUGUAACUGAUGCUGGAUUCCAACUUUUAAGGAUCAUAAAUGAGCCCGCAGCUGCAGCUUUGGCUUAUGAUGUAGGACAAGAAUCCAAUGAUUCUAUCAGUAAAUGUUUAGUCUUUCGUCUGGGUGGUACUUCAUUGGAUGUUACUGUUUUAGAAGUAUCAAAUGGAAUGUAUAAUGUUCUGUCAUCUGUGCAUGAAAGGAAUGUUGGAGGACACCUUAUAACAAAUGCCAUAGUCGACUUUUGUUGCAGCGAAUUUCAAAGACAAUACAAAGUUGAUAUUAAAGAGAGCAAAAGAGCAGUAAUGAAAUUGCAUUCCGCAGCAGAACAUUAUAAACAUGUAGUCCAUAGUUCCAUAAAUGAAAGGUGUCAGGCUGAAUCAGUUUAUGAUGGAAUAGAUUUAAAUGUUAACAUUAGCAAGGCAAGAUUUGACUCUCUUAUUCAUAGUACGUUGUUACAGUGUUUAGAACCAAUUAAAGAAGCUUUAAAAUCUGCCUCUGUAGCUUCUUCAGAAAUAAGUAAGGUCAUUCUUGUUGGAGGCUCCUGUAAAAUACCAAAGUUACAACAAAUGAUAUCAAAUAUGUUCAGUUCUGCUAAUAUAUUGUAUCAUAUAAGCCCAGAUGAAGUGCUAGCAGUAGGAGCAGCCAAACAAGCUGUUCUAGUGAAUCAUAAUUUAGAUGAUGAAAAUUAUUAUGCAAAUCUCUUAUCCCAAGAUCUUUCAAUCAAGGUUUCCGGUGUGUCUUCCCCUGGAGAAAUUCUUUUGUGUUGUCGAGGAACAUUAAUUCCAACUGUUAUAACACAGAGUUUUACAGUAACAGAAAAACACUCAAAUAUUAAAGUUGAAGUAUUUGAAGGAAGUACUAGCUCAAAUGAAGAAGAUCAUAGGACGUUAUUAGCUGCGCUAAGUAUGUCAAAUCUUCCUGUAGGUGUAAUAUAUUUUUCUUUUCAAAUAAGGAGUGAUGGCUCGUUACGUGUAAUAUGUAAAGAUUGUACUUCCAGGGAAUUAGGAACUGCGACAGUUGUUUCUCCAACUACGCAAGAGUGUUCAUAGCAAAUUUUUA